CAACAACAGCAACAACAACAGCAACAACAUCAGCAACAGCAACAAAUCAUAUCGGCUGCCGAAGCUAAUCAACUGCAUUCGUCGAAUAAUAAUUAUCUGCAUAAUAGACAUUUGCAGCAUUUAAGCAGUUUGAGUCAUCAUUAUACGCACGCCUAUCACACCACUAAUCAGCAAUCAAUAUUAAUUAAUCAGCAACAAUUGUCACAUCAACAUCAACAGCAACAGCAAGAACAGCAUUAUCAACACCAGCAACAGCAUCAGCUCGAUCAGUUGUACGCCCACCAGCAAUUAGAAAAUCAACAGCAACAUCAGCAACAGCAACAACAACAACAACAGCAGCAGCAGCAGCAGCAGCAUUGGGAUUAUUAUGCCCGGCAACCGCUUUCUCAUAUACAGCAACAACAGCAGCAACAGCAACAACAACAGCAACCGCUGCAAUCAGCCACACCUACUAGCACUAGUACGACUAAUAAUAAUAAUGCCACCUCCCGUAAUGCCAACGGUGCCAGUUCCGCGAAUGAUACUCAGCAACAAAGUGGUAGCAAUACCACAAACAAUCCGGAAAAUGCUGCAACAAGCAACACAAGCGAUUCAGUAACUUGCCAAUCCAAUAGUUCCAAUAGCUACACACGUCCUUGGGAAAUGGAGUCUAAAGACAAUAGUAACUCCAACAAUUCCAAUUCUACGCCAAAGAGCGGUUUUGAGCCCUUCUCAAAAUUGCCUUCAUUUCAAAGUCAAUUUCAUGGCUACACCGAACAGUUGAUGGCGGACGGUACGCCUAUGCCGACGGGCUCGUCCAUCUCUUCGGCCACGGCCACAGCAGGGUUAACGUCAGCUAUGUCAUCACUGCAAACAGUGGCCAUGUCUCCGGCAAGUAUGUCAGUGAGUUCACCCGGUAUGGUCAGCAUGGGCUCACCACUUACACAAUUGACAGGCUUGCAAGCGAGUAUAACUCCGCCAUCAAGUGGUUUUGCCGCUUUGGGUGCACCAAUGCCUCACAAUGCUUUCCAUUCGCAUCCUUUGGGAGCAACAGCUGCACAUCAUAGAACACCGUACCCGUUAAUGCCAGCCGCCUUGCAGGCUCGCGACAUAGUCAGCACUACACUGCCUAAUAGCACUAUAACUACGACUGGAUAUGGUGAUCCGCUACUCUAUCAACCACUAACGCCGUCGUAUGCGUCUACAACGCCAGCUGCUUUGGCUGUACCCUCUGCAAUAACACCAACGGGCUCAGGUUCUUCGUCAAUCGGUAAAAAAGACGUCACGAUAUCAGCAUUUGAUCUCAAUACAAAUUCAAACGCUUCACAGCUGAGUGCCCCCACUUCAAAUACCCCAAAUACAGUAACCACACCGCUCGGUAUGCACACUCCUACUCCAUCUUAUGACGGAGCUAGCAGUUCGUCAUUAAUGGAUAUAUCAAAUGGAACUGGAACUGGUGCCGGUUAUCACACACCGCAUUCAACGCACACAAAUGCGAGCAGUACUGGAUCUCAUACUCCACAUACUACGCAACCGCAUACUCCUACGCCAUCCACAACAUCCAUUAAACCAGAAAAGGUCCUUAAUUCGCCGGUAGCCAGAGUAGACGCAAGAAAAAAGGAGCGACGGAAAAAUCGAGCUCAUUCACUCGAAUCGAAUGCUGAAUCUGAGUCCAGUGCCAUGGAUUUGGAUCCUAGUAAUCCGGGUCAGGUUGACGCUGUAUCUAGUACCGCUAACUUUAAGAGUCCCAUCGGCAGCAUGAACGUUGGCGAUGGAAAUGAAAGUGCAGGCGAAAAACAGACCUCUAUGAAUUCUACAUCUGUCCUAUUUCAGUCCAAAAAGAAACGUAAACGUUGUGGCGAAUGCAUCGGCUGUCAACGCAAAGACAAUUGUGGCGAAUGUGCUCCCUGUCGCAACGACAAAUCCCAUCAAAUCUGUAAACAGCGUCGCUGCGAAAAACUUACCGAAAAGAAGGAACCUAAGUCGAAACAAAUUGUCUACGGCCCGGACGGACAACCAGUACGCACCGAGUCACGUCGUGGCCGUGGCAAGGCACGAACAACAGCCGGAAGUGCAACACCAACUACAGGGACUCGUGGGCGGAAACCAUCUGCAAAGCUAAGUAAAAUAAAUGUUACCUCCAUUGUCCAUUCGCCACGUCAGGUUGCUAAUUCAGCUAUCAGUCCGGCUGCAGCAACGGCAUCUGGACCAGGAAUAGGAGCAUCUGCGACACAUGUGCCACAUCCUUCGCCAAAUACGACAAGCGCAACGGCCACUAAUCUUUUAGCAAAUAGUUCGGCACAACAGCAACAACAACAACAACAGCAACAGCAAAUAAAUUCAUUACAUCAACAACAGCAGACAACACAGCAACAGCACCAACAUUUGCAACAGCAGCAAUCAUCACAUCAAAUACCAAAUACACAACAACAACAAUUACAACAACAGCAAACUCAACUAACCCAACAUCAGCAUUUACCUUCAUUGCAUACUCAAACUCAAUCGCCACAACAACAACAACAACAGUUGCCCCAACAGCAACAGCAAACACAUCAGCAACAAUUACAUCACCUUGGACAACAACCUCAGCAGCAGACACAACAAACACACCAACAUCAUCAUCAACAACAACAACAACAACAGCAGCAGCAGCAGCAGCAACAAUUGCAACAUAGUCAUCAUCAAUUGCAACAGCAAGAUCAACAACAACAACAUCAACAUCAGAUUACUGCGCAAAUACAAACAAUGAAAGAUCAACCACAACAACCUAUGGCACCAAUGGCUUUCUAUCCUACAUGGCAAACAGAUCCUUCUCAAGGGUGGCAAAACCAGUUUAUUCAGCAAAUUCCUCAAAACACCCCAGCAAUCACGUCACUAAACUCACUCGACUUCCAGACACAAUCGUAUGGCUAUCCAUCCAAUGGAUAUGUUCAAACAGGCCUAGGGUUCGAUCCAAAUUAUGGUCGCUCGCCCUAUGGUGCACCAGUUCAACGAUAUGAUUUCCAAAGUCAACAAUUGCCAAGUGCUCCUAUAAAUCAAGUUGGCUUACAAGGUGUUGGUUUCGCGCCAGCUGCUGUCACCUAUGCUGGCCAAGUAUCUGCAACACCGACUGCGCCUAGUGUUGGCUUACAACAACAGCAACACAUUGGUAGUGUUCCCGAUCUUAACAAGACAAUGUCGGGAAACGACAUGCCUGGAUAUCCUCGAGUGAGCAGCGUGCCGCCGCGCUCACUCAACUGUAAUGGGUAUUCAGGCGAUUAUGGCGGCGCCCAACAACCUACAAAUCAUUCAUCAACAGCAACUUCACCAUCUGCAACUCCAAAUAACAACUCAUCCGGAAAUACUACAGUUGCUGCAGUUAAUGGUAGCCAACUUGGAACAGUUACACAAAAUGCUUCAGUCGCUCCCCCAGCCGCCUCACCCAUGCAAGCUCCAAACACUCAAACAGUAUCACAGUCACCUACACGUAACGUCAUGCAACAAUCGCAAACUUCUGUAACACACCAAGCGUCACGUCAUAUCCCCCAAUCACCAAACCAAAUUCCUCAAUCUCCGAACGGAAAUAUGACAGCGGCUUCUCAACAACAACAAUCAUAUGGUGGAACCACAAUUCCGGCAUCACCUCAUCAUAAUGUUACCAUGCAGCCUCCACAACAAUCACAAAAUCAUAUCUCGUCUCCACCGCAAGCGCAACAACAUCAACAACAACAAGACUGGAAUUGGGCCAAUCAAACGCAAACAUCGACAGAUCCUUAUCAACAAACAGGUCCCGGUGGUGAGCGUCUUAAUCUUAACACCCGUAUCAAAUCAAUGAUAUUACGUAAAAACGAUCCAAAGGAUUUAAUUUCGGGUACAAGUAAUUCCGAUAUUCACGGCAUGCCCGGCACUCUGCCACCGCCUCCUCCUGUUGGAGGAGGCAAUACUGCCAACACCGCUCAACAACAGCAAACCGGUCAUUUUUUAUCGUAUAGCCACCAUCUCCGAAGCGAAACGUUAUUGAACGCUAACGGUUCAAGCAGUGUACCUCCACAAUUAACAUCCCAGCAACCACAACAACACCAACAACAACCACCAGGAAUUCAAACACCUGCAAACGCUGGUUCUUUAACUGCUGGAGGUUCUUUGGCACCUGAACCAAUCGGAGGUGGUGGCGAUCACAUUUGGAAGCCACACCAUGCCAAUUCCUUUAAAAAACCCGUAGCAUCCGGCUUUCAAAGUACAGAACAUCAUCACCAUCACCAGCAACCGCAGCAUACAACCACAGCUCACACUGAACCAAAAAAAUCCAGUCGUAAAAGUAAAAGUAGUCGUUCCUCUAACUCUAAUUCGACCGAUAAUUCAGAUAUUGAUAAAAAUAGCCAUGAUCCAGGAGGAGGCCAUCACCUAUCCCAUUUAGCAAACAUGAAAAUGGAGAAAAAUCCAACUUAUCCACCGGCUCAUUACACACCACAACAUCCAGAUUAUCAUACGCCCUAUAUUAAAUCUGAGCCAGGUUUAUUGCCCGGACAACACAAUAAGAUGGAGGGAUACGAACGCAAUUAUCAAAACUUUGUUCAAUACGCCGACUAUUGUCAAAAUGAAGUUCAGACACAACCAGGACCGCAUAUACCCCAGCAACCUCAUCACCAAAGUCAACAAGAUUACCCCACUUACCAUCACAAUUCGGGUUACUACGGUUCGACCGGGUUUCAGCAGAAUUAUCAACAAAAUUUUAUGCCUGGGUACCAGCAUGCGACAGCAACGCCUGCAUUCAGCAACACGCACAGCCUCCAUUCUCAUCACACUAACGCUAUUGCUUCACAUGUCAAAACAAUGAAUGGUCCCAUACCAAAAGGUGCUAUACAUCAUCAUGGUAACCAUUUAAUGGAAGUAGAUAGAAAAUCGGAUACUAGCAGCAUUAUACCGCUGCCAACCAAUUAUGAGAAAGAUAUACCAGCCCACGCAUAUCCCAUACCACCCCAUCGGUAUCCGCUGGGCCCACCUCAUCUAGGACCCGGAAUGAUAGAACCCAAAAUUGAAGACAUGGGCACUGGGUACGCGCACUCACAUACAGCCCAUGGAAGCAUUGGUUAUCCUUUUCACGGCGAAGGUGGCCCGGCAGCCAUUAAAGGAAGUACUGGUUUUUCAUGUUGCCGCCAAGGUGGCACCAGGGCUCCAACAGCGGAACAUCUCAAAGAUGGCUCUUGCAUUGGAAUGCAAACAAAAGACGAAAUUCUGGUCGAAGAAGAAGAUCAGGAGAGCAAUAAUGGGACAAAACCUAAAAAAAAGAGCAGCAAACCAGAAGAAAACAAUGAAAUUGUCGUGAAACAUGAAAAAAUUAACCCAAUGUUUGAUACAUCCGAUAGAUUAGAAAAAGGCAAUAAAACUGAAGUUCCUGAAUGUGAUUGCUUUCAAUCAGAUAAAAGCCCACCUGAACCAGGAACAUAUUACACUCACUUAGGCACUGCAUCGAAUCUGACUGAUUUGCGUAAGGAAUUUGAAGAGCGUUGUCAAAUAUCUGGACGCCAACUUCGUAUCGAAAAAAUUAUAUAUACUGGAAAAGAAGGUAAAACGUCUACUGGCUGUCCCUUAGCUAAAUGGAUUAUACGACGAGCCGACCCUGAGGAAAAGAUUCUAGUCGUUGUAAAGAAGCGGCCAGGUCACAGAUGCACAGCUGCUUACAUAGUAGUAUGUAUGGUAGCCUGGGAAGGAAUGCCCCGCCUUGAAGCGGAUAAUGCCUAUAAAAAUCUUAUCCCUAAACUUAAUAAAUUUGGUCUACCCACAACACGUCGGUGUGCCACUAACGAAAAUCGAACUUGCGCUUGCCAAGGUCUCGACCCAGAAACGUCGGGAGCCUCUUACAGUUUUGGUUGUUCCUGGUCUAUGUACUAUAAUGGUUGUAAAUAUGCACGUUCAAAGACAGUACGUAAAUUUCGCUUAUCAGUCAAAAGCGAAGAGCCUGCUAUUGAAGAGCAUAUGAAUGUUCUGGCCACCGUAUUGGCACCACUCUUCAAACAAAUAUGUCCACGUUCCUAUGUCAAUCAAACGCGUUACGAAAAGGAAGCACAAGACUGUCGUUUAGGAUUGAAAGAUGGAAAGCCCUUUUCGGGCGUGACUGCCUGCCUAGAUUUCUGUGCACAUUCCCAUCGUGAUCUGCAUAAUAUGCAGGAUGGAUGUACGGUACAAGUCGCUCUCUUAAAAGCGACAAAUCGAGACAGCAAUAAACCAGACGAUGAACAGUUACAUGUAUUGCCCUUAUACACAAUGGACACAACGGACGAAUUCGAGAGUAUGGAAGGGCAAAGGGAAAAGCAUCGCCUUGGAGCUGUUCAAGUCCUGGACAAAUUUCCCUGCGAAGUACGAGUCCGUUCAACACCUCUAAUACCUUGCCGUCGGCAUGGGAAGAAACGCAAAGAGGAUGAAACGCCACCAGCAGGAGAUGGAGAUAAUAACGUAGUACCGGUAACACAAGCAACCAUUACUCCAACUCCGGCAAGUGCUGUAAACAACUCACAAGCUGCAAAUAAAAAAGAUCCCAAUACUAAUACCGCUGCCCCUACAAAUGGUAACGUUGUGGCCAAUAAAUCAAAGUCAAAAUCUAAAUCGAAUCAAUCAUCUACAACAACAAGUUCCUCGGCACCGCCUUCUACUCCAUCUCCGCGUUGCCAGACGCCUGUUACCAAUAAUCCAAGCCCAGCGGGAAGUGCAUUUACUACACCGCCGGUCAGUAACAAUAAUCUUUCGAACCAAUCUUCUAAUAAUAAUGCUUCUGGAGGUAACACCAAUCAACUCAUGACGUCCAAUACAAGUCUGAUGAAUAUGGCGACCAUGAUUGAUACCUUCACUGAUGCCCAACUACAAUCUAACCAGAUCUCAAGCACGGUGCUGGAUUCGCCCUACUCAUACGACUAUCAAACGGGUUCCUAUAUAGAUUCACGCAAUUAUUAUGGCAACUGGCCACCACCGCCCCACCCUCAUAACCCUCCACACGCAAGUGCUCAUAAUGUAGGCAACUUAACUGGUAAUGGUGGCAAUAAUAUUGGAACUCCGACAACUGCCAAUACCCCCAUGGCACCUCCAAUUCCGAACAAUCACAAUCCAACUCAUCACUCAACAGGUGCUCAACACGACCCUAACAAUUAUAACACAAAUGCCUACAAUAAUAUGCCGACUGCAGGCAGUCAGCAACUCACACAAGUUCACGACGUACGUGGUGAAGUGAAAAGUCGGGGCAGCGAGGAAAAUCCUGAUUCAACAACUCUGGGAAAUAACAAUUUGUCUGAAAGUAAGUUGACUACUCUUACUCCAAUGACACCUAUGACUAAUCUAACGACUCAACAACAUCAUCCCCCACAUUCCCAUACAAAUCCAAUUGAAGAAGGCUUUGUCAAGCCAAAACCGCCCACAGAUUAUCAAUACUCUCAGUAUCCGAAUAACUACCAAAUGUAUCCGCCGCCUCAUUCAGCGUAUUCGGCCUAUGAUGCGUAUCAAAAUAUGAAUUAUAAUUAUGGCUAUCAUCAGGCUUACUCACCGUACGGGAUGUAUCCACAGCAGACGCCACCACCUACACCGCCCCCGCCGUCACCAAAUUGGAAUAUGUACGGUCAUCAUCAAAGCGCCAAUGCUACAGCGCCGGCAACAUAUUCAGCUUCUACCCCCCUGCCUCCUGCAACGAAUGUAUCACACCAUCAACCCAUUACUCCUUUGAAUAAUACCAGCUCUCAUGUAGGUCAAACGGUAUUACCAAAUGGCGGUAAUAUGAAACCUGUAACAGGGCUGCAAUCUAUAAAAAACGCAAAUGCGACUAUGCCAGUUGCGACAGCAAUUUCGCAAACACCGCCCCAAACUACGCUUACAGACAUCAGCAAUCCGAACUCUGGCACAACAUGUAGCGAUACAAACAAUACUAUAGUAGCUGUGACAAUAGAAACUGAUAAAGUAAAUACUGGAAUCCCCGCUACAUGUACAACUUCCGCAACAACCAAUAAUCACAACGCAAAUUCUGCUACUACUUCAAGCGCUCCAAUUGAAACUUCUACUACAACAACAUCAUCUGCUAACUCAAAUAAAAUUGAACCGAUCGGCGAAGUAGCUGAAAUCAAUGACAAUUUGGAAGCUCUCCAGGAUCCCCAAAUGGGUGGCGUUGCAAUAGCACUUAAUCACGGCAGUGUACUUAUCGAAUGUGCAAAACAUGAGAUGCAUGCAACUACCGCUCUACGUCGUCCAAAUCGUCAUGAACCAACUCGAAUGACUUUAAUUUUCUAUCAGCAUCGCAAUCUGAAUCGUACGCAUCAUGGCAUUGACGAAUGGGAGGAGAAAAUGCGCGUCAAAAAGAUUAAUACAGACCUAGACAACAAGGCCAAAGAAGAAAAAGAAAAGCUUAAAAAAGAACAAAAUGGUGACGCCGAGGUUGAUGAUGACGACGAAGAAAUGACACAAGCAAACCCUGCAAAAGCCAAUACCCCGAAAAAAGAAGGUACCACUAACAGCAACAAUACAAGUAACAAUCAGAACAAAAAUAAUAGCAGCCAAGUAUCUGUUAGUAAAAAGAAAAAAGAGUCUACAAAAAAAAAUUCCAACCCACAAUCAGGCAAUGAGCCAAAAAACGAGAAAGUUGCCCUCCGCGCACCAACGCUAACAACAACUUCGUGGACAACCCUGUUUCCUAUGCACCCAUGUGUGGUUACGGGGCCAUACCAGGAGGGCAACAGUAGUCCAACGUCCACAACCGCUCAACAACAGCAAAUGCACGAACAACAUCAACAGCCAUCACAGCAAUUACCGCAACAGCAACAAAUGCCAUCAUAAGUACCAAUCAAACGAUAUGUUAAGAUGAACCCUAUUAUCCAAUCGAGUUUAAUUUUUCUUGGGUUUUCCUUCCCUGCACGCAUUUUUUGUCAUUUCAUUUUCUUUACAUAUGUAAACUCACUCGGAUAACUGUGAUUUUGGUUUAAAUCUCCAGUAUGUGCCAUAUUUAAUUAAAGCUUUUUUUUUUUAAAUGCCAUUUUGUUAUUAGAGAAUCAUAAGAGACGCCAUUUCAAAAUAUGUACCCACAGAUAUACUUAUGUGAAUUUAUGUAAAUACAACCAACAUAUUAAAUUCAGUAUAUAAAAAAAAAAAAAAAAAAAAAAAAAAAAAAAAU